GUCGUGCUAAAAGAGGGCGCUUUGAUAGAGCCGAGCAAAGCUAAGCGUGUUCAUGAGAUUUCCUGAAUGGUUUAUGAAUCAGUUGUGUGUAAUUAGCCAUAAAGUUAGCGGCGACAACAGUUGUAGUACUGGUAGUAUUAGUAAAAAUCGUCUGAAACAGGAGGGGUGUUAUUAUUAUAAACUCUUUUCAUCUUUCAUAACUCUAACAUAGUCCUGAAUGAAUAGUUGGUUAGCCUCCCUCACUUCCCUAUCUGAUAGCAGGAGUAACAAUACAAAUAAUAAUAAUAACAGUCAAUAGCGUCAGUAAUAAAUAUCUUCUCAGUAAUCACUUCGCAACGAUUCCCCGUAAAUAAAACUGAAACCCCGUUAGAAUACCUACCUCCUCCUACUAACCAAGAAGAAAAUCAGCAGCAGUAGUGGCAAUAUUACGAACCAGUAGUAGCAGCAGUUUUGGUGACGAGUGGGGAAUAACGGACGAAAAAUCUAGCCGUCAUCACCUGUCAAUAAGAAAAGCACCCCUGCCUAUAAGCACGACACAUCUUGCAGAUUCUUCGUCCUCUGCUCUGCCAUUUUUUCAAUCCUCAUCUCCGUUUCGUUGUUUUAAGUUUUUCCUCCCCAUUUAAUCACCACGGAUCUCUCAACGCUAACCAACAUCAUGGAUCCUCAGACAUUCUUGAACAUCGCUCAAACGGUCACCAAACUGAAAAUGUACCCGUACUUCGACAUAGCACAUUACACGAUGAUGUGCUUGUCUGUUCGCGAGGACACCCCAAACCAGGAUUCAGAAUCAGACAAUACCUUCUCACGCAAACAUCCUGUAUGCUGUUGGUUGUCUUGUAUGCUGACCUGUUUCGCUGGGAGCAUUCUUGCUAACUUGUUACUUGGAGAAGCCUGCUUGAUACCAUUUAAAAACCACACAGAUAUUCUAACAGCCACAGCAGUAUGGUAUUUGAUAUUUUACUCACCAUUCGACAUAGUUUACAAGCUAGUCAAAUUUCUACCAUUCAAACUGUGCAUUGGAACUCUAAAGGAAACUCAGAGAGCUCACAAAGUUUACCAUGGUGUCACCUAUACAGCCAAACUCUUCCCACAUGCCUACCUACUUAUUGUAAUAAUUGGUACUGUGAAAGGAGCUGGAAGUGGAAUCCUAAAAUCAUUUGACAGGUUUAUCCGUGGCAUUUGGGUCCCAAAUAGCAACGAGUUUCUGCAGCCUUCUUUAUACACAAAAGCUUGCUUGAUUGCAUCAAUAAUUUUUGUGCUGGAAAAAACCAGUGUGAUUGAAGCUCCACAUGCAGUGAUCUACUUUGGUGUCGUCAUUUUCUUUGUUUACUUCAAACUAUCCUCACUUCUCUUUGGAAUCCAUGACCCUUUCGUUCCAUUUGAGAACCUAUUCUGUGCGAUAUUCCUUGGUGGAAUGUGGGAUGCCAUGCGUCGCGCUAUCAGCAGCAGCAAGUCAUCUGAUGACUCUGGCAAAAGCAAGACUGAGAAGAAGAAUGAUUAGAACUUGCAAUCAGGAAUAGUGGCAAAAACAUGGGUGGGAGAUAGUAAUUGGUAUGUUUUUUUUUUAGUUUUUUUUUUUAUUGCAAGAAGUAUUGAAGUUAGGCAGGGGAUUGUCAUCUGCAAGCACAAUAUAGGGGUGCCUAACAUAGAUAACUAACUAUAUAUAUGUAUAUGUGUGUAUAUAUAUAUAUAUAUAUAUAUAUAAUGUACGCACACACAUUUUUUAAAAAAUGUACUGCGAUCUGUUCUAACAGUAUUUCGUAAAAUAACAAUGAAAUCAGUAAAAAAAAAUACACUUAAAAAAUGAAAUACAUUUAAAAAAAACUCUUCUCCCUCCAAGUGGAAUUGGACAUUAAGAGAAAUGUGUUGAGAAAUCAGCAUUUCUUGGAAAAAUAUUACAAAAAAAAAAAAUAAAGAGAAAUUCCUAAAAACUUAGAAUUUUGAAUCUUAUUUUUGUGUUAACAAAAUUAAAAUUCUUAGAAAAUGACACUCAUUAAUUAUUGAAUCUGUUUAGUACACUAGGACAUUUAAUCUUUAUUUGAUUUUUUAAUAAAUUUUUAUGCGAAAUAAUUUAUCUCAAAAUAUUGAGUUUUUUUUUUUUUUUGAGCAAGUGUCUGAUAUUUAAAUCUUUGCAAAAAAAUAAAAGGAACAAAAAUGGAUUUUAGAGAAAGAUAAAAGGCAGUAGCAGUGGAUGACAGAACAAAGCCAGUUUUGGUAAAAACAUUUCUUUGCCAACAAUUUCUGUCUCUUUUAUCUUCUCUAAGUAUAUAUUUCUUCAUUGUUGUCACUUUU